AUCCUUCGUUCCACGAUGUUGCACAUCCCAAGCCUUCCUAGAAGAGCCUCUGGAAUACCAAGAACUCCAGUUCGUUGAAUUGUAGAAGGAGAUAUCAUAUUCUGCCGUGUCUCGUGGUAUGACUUCAGCUCAUACUCACAGUCUUCAACUCGCGCUUUCUUUGCUUUCUCUCUCAAUCUCGCACUGGCGGACAGCGACAGCAAUGGGAGGCAUCUGCAACGCUGGGAACGGCUACAGAGCCGAUACUCUGCCACUUGAUAUGUCUCAUACGCGCAUUCAGAGAGCAGACUGUACUCCUCGCUUUACUGGCAACAUCUCCGAACAGUACAAAGUAAUCUUCCUCCUUUCGUCAAUUGCAGCGGAAUAUGGCAAAUAUGUAGCGCAGAUAAGUUGGCUUAUUUUAUUCCCAGCUUGUGUGCGCUAUCUGUUCUUGGUGUUUGUUCAAAUUUCUUCCCAUUUGAUGUGGAAUACUUCAUCAACGCGUUUGGUUCAUUGUACUGAAGAGACACAGCGACUUCACAAUCAGCGCGAUUCACCUGCCCAGCAGCACACUUUAGGACAGCUUCGCUAAGUUUCAGAGCGUCGCCUCUUGAGAUUCAGGCUUGGAAGUAUAUCACAACGCUCUUCAUCGCAUUCAAAAACAUCUCAACAACAUGCAGAAGGAGAAUAGCCCGUGUAUAUUGAGCAACAUCUGAAAU